CGGUAAUAAUAAACCCAUCCUGGGUAGUUGCUGUCUUGCUGAGGCGACACGCGCUUCACCCUUUGACGGGUGAAACGUUCAAACCCAAUGCAUCUUCAUCUUCUUCUCCAUCUCUUUAUUUCAUUCAUUCCUCACUUUUUCAUUUCAAAUUAUCUUUCUAUUUUUUUCUUCAUCAUAUUAUUAUUACUAUUUAUUAUUUUCUUCAAUUCAAUGGGACAAUCACUGUCCACAUAUGUUCCAUCUCCUGACCUAAAUAUUUCUAAAACUAACCGAUUCUGUUACGGUUACGUUGACGGGUACGGUGACGGUAACGACAAUGAUUCUUCUUCUGAUAACUUCGGUUAUCGCCGUAACUAUAUUGAUGAAAUCCCUGACGAAUGUUUAGCCAGUAUUCUUCACUUCGUUGACGCCGUUGAUCGGAAAAACUGCUCCCUUGUAUGCCGACGGUGGUUACGCGUUGAAGGUGAAAGCCGGCAACGGCUUUCCCUAAACGCGGAGGCGAAAUUGCUCGAUGUUGUUCCUUCUCUGUUUACUCGUUUCGAUUCUGUUACAAAGCUUGCGCUUCGUUGUAAUCGCAAAUCAAUAAGUAUAAACGAUGAUGCUUUGAUUUUGAUCUCGCUUCGUUGUAAGAAUCUCACGCGUCUUAAGCUUCGUGGUUGUAGGGAAAUAACUGAGAUCGGAAUGUUAGGUCUUGCGAGAAAUUGUAAGAAUCUGAAGAAGCUUUUGGUUGUUUCGUGUUUGUUUGGUGUUAAGGGAAUUCACGCUGUUGUAGAUAAUAGUAAUGUUAUUGAGGAGCUUUCUGUUAAGAGGCUUCGUGGAGUUAACAAUGACGGUGGUGAAUUGUUAUGUGGUGGUGGUGGUGGUUCAUCGUUGAAAUCGAUUUGUUUGAAGGAACUUGUUAAUGGUAGCUCGUUUGCGCCGUUAAUAAUUGGUUCUAGAAAGCUUCAAACAUUGAAAUUGAUUCGGUGUAUAGGCGAUUGGGACACGACGCUUACGAGCGUGGGGAAGUUGAGUUCAGGGUUGAUUGAGAUUCAUCUUGAGAAGAUUCAAGUUAGUGAUGUUGGUCUUGUUGGUGUAUCAAAGUGUUUGAAAUUAGAAACUUUGCAUCUUGUGAAAACACCUGAGUGUUCAGAUGUUGGUCUUAUUGCUGUUGCUGAGCAUUGUAAGAUGUUGAAAAAGCUUCACAUUAAUGGGUGGAGAACUAAUAGAAUUGGUGAUGAUAGUUUGAUUUCUGUUGCAAGAAAUUGUCCUAAUUUACAAGAGCUUGUGUUGAUUGCUAUGUUUCCUACAUCAUUGAGUUUAGGAGCAAUCGCUUCAUAUUGUCAGGGUUUAGAAAGGUUCGCGCUUUGUGGGAUUGUAACGGUUUGUGAUGUUGAUAUUGAGUGCUUUGCUUCUAAGUGUGUGGCACUUAGGAAAUUAUGUAUCAAGGGUUGUCCUGUGUCGAAUGUUGGGAUUGCGGCUUUUGCUUCUGGGUGUCCUAAUUUGGUUAAGCUCAAGGUGAGGAAGUGUGUGAAAGUUACAGGUGAAGUUGGGGAGUGGUUGCGCGUGAGGAGAAGUUCUUUGGCCGUUAAUUUUGAUCACAAUCAAGUUGAAGCGUUGGAUGGAAGUGGUAGUGAUGUUGGAGUUCAGGAAACUACAAUGGCUUUUCCACCAAAUGACAAUGAAGUAACCCUUAUUGGUGAUUCUCCUUCAACCAGCAAUAACAACAACAACAACAACCGAUUGUUCAGGACCAAGUUUGGAUUUUUUGCUGGUAGAAAUUUUGUGCCUUGUGCUUUCAGAAGGUGGACAAACAUUGAUACUAUCUCUAGUAGCAGCUUUUCAUGAUGAUUCAUUAUUGUAAGAAUAAUUAUACAUUUUUUUUCACAAAAUGUUUGUUGAGCUCUUGCUUCAUCAGUGAAAAGCAUUGCUAUUCAUUAACUUGGUUUACUAUUUCCUAUUCAAUUUGUUGUUUUGAAUAAUGAUGCCACAUUUUAAUUUUCUGUUUUGCUUGGAAAUUGCAGUGGAUUGUUGUGAAAUCCAUUUUCAUUGUCACCAUGUUUUCAUAAAUUUAAGCUGAAAUUAGACUUUUCUAAUGCCCACCCUUGUCACCAGAACUUGAUCAAUUUCUCAUUGAUCAAAAUC